AUGAAGCAGAUAGGAAGAUUACGUCACGUCGGAUGGUGUGCUUUCAUCAUAGUGGCGGCACAGUCAAUCAUUUUGGGGCACUCAACCGACAUAUCAAGUGAGACUACAUCGGCUCCAGUGGGAUAUCAAACGAUAGAUGGCAGCUCCCAACAGAAUCAUGGUCACCCGGUGGCUGUUGCGGCUGAGCCCCUCACGACGGCCAGUCGAGGAUCUGUUUCGUCUACUGUGUCACCGAAGACUCAACGGAAACGAGGCAGUUCGGGAAAGGUAAGUCAGAAAAGUGUCGUCGUUAACCAGUCGAACGAUAACGUCAACAAUUCGCGGGAAUCCUUAACACACGAGGGUAGUGAACCGGUUGUCUACGUAUCGGAUACGGCCGGUUACAUACCACUGACGUCGAUUCAGGCUGGCCACUCGCGGUUACCGUCCGCCUAUGGAAGUGACAUUGAUCCUGCCUGGCGACCGGAUCCCUGGGACCGAGACUACAAUCGGCGCCAUCGGUUCAACAACACUCGAGUGCAGCACAUCGAAGCGGAGUGCCAGGACGAUUACAUGAAGAUUCGAAUAGGUUUCAAUGGAUCCUUUACCGGACUACUGUAUUCGUCCGGUUAUGCUUACGAUCCUGAUUGCAUGUACAUCAAUGGUUCCGGUAGAGACUACUACGAAUUUCUAAUACAGUUGAACCGCUGCGGGACGCUGGGAAAGAAUGCGAAUGGAGACGACAGCCGAAAGAAUCCGACUAAAAAUUUCAUGUGGAAUACAGUGACAGUGCAGUACAAUCCACUAAUCGAGGAAGAGUUUGACGAACAUUUUAAGGUGACCUGCGAGUACGGGUAUGACUUUUGGAAAACGGUAACAUUUCCGUUUCUCGACGUUGAAGUUGCCACCGGAAACCCCGUAGUAUUCACGUUAAGCCCCCCGGAAUGUUAUAUGGAAAUACGCAACGGUUACGGAACGACGGGAACACGGGUUACCGGUCCGGUUCGAGUGGGAGAUCCUCUGACGCUGAUUAUCUACAUGAGAAGUAAAUACGAUGGAUUUGAUCUGGUUGUGAAUGAUUGCUUUGCGCAUAAUGGUGCAAAUAAAAGAAUUCAGCUAAUCGAUGAGUACGGGUGUCCUGUGGACGACAAACUGAUAUCUCGUUUUCGAGGUAGCUGGACAGAUGGAGCUCUAUACGAAACGCAAGUCUACGCUUACAUGAAAACUUUCCGCUUCACCGGAUCACCUGCGCUGUACAUCGAAUGUGACGUUCGAAUGUGUCACGGACGGUGUCCCAGUCAACCCUGUCACUGGAGAAAUCUGAAAGGAAUCAGUAAACGAGACGUACAACAGGAGAGCAACUCAACCCUGUCGGAUAACAUCAGUUUGUUCCAAUCGCUUAGGGUCCUUCAGGAAGAGGACAUUGAGCAAAAAGAGAAGAAGGAGACUGCAACGGUCGCUAAGCCCCAAGAUAUGACGGAGACCUGCCUGAAAACUUCUGUGCUGUCCGCCAUGCUGGCGACCUGCUGUGUAGUGUUAUGUGUGCUAUCCGGAUCCCUGCUGGCAGCUUGUGCCAAGCUUAGGUAUCGCAAAAAAGACGAGGGAUUCUUCAAUGCUUAUGUAGGUCACAAAGCUCAGCUGGACUAG